AACAUUAUAUUAUUUGUAAUUAACAUUAGAGACUGUUAUAUUUUUCUUUUAAUUGAUACUUGGCAGUCUGCGUCUGCGAAAAGAAGAAGAAAAGUCAUCAAGGAAAAUGACAGCUACCGAGGAAACGGAACCGUUGAUAUCCACCACACCGACGACUUCCGCCGGAAAAAGCCAAAGGGUCACUUAUCAUACAAUUUCCUUUGAAGCGAACGAAAGAAAUGGAUUGUAUGACGGAAGCCCCGAGAACUCUUUUAGUCUGAAAACGAUUUCGAGGGCGCCGACAGGCGUGAAUUUCAACAACAGCGAAAUCUUCAGCAACAGAAUCACGUACACGUGGAGCGACGUUAAUGUUUAUUACAGUACGAAAAACAAUAGGAUCUGGGAUAAAUUAAUCUGCAGGCCUCGAAAGUUCAUCGCACAGAAGCAUAUAUUAAAGGAUGUGUGCGGAGUGGCCCAUCCUGGCGAAUUGCUCAUAAUCAUGGGCGCGUCAGGUGCAGGCAAGACGACCUUAUUAAACGCACUGACAUUUCGUACAACACGUGGGGUGUCCACGUCCGGUUCGAUGGCCGCCAACGGCCAAAGAAUAUCACCGGAUGUACUCACCUCGAGGAUGGCUUACGUGCAGCAGGAUGAUCUGUUCCUCGGCACGUUGACGGUCACGGAGCACCUAAUGUUUCAGGCGACAGUGCGAAUGGAUCGGCACAUACCUCGUCAACAGAGGAUCAAGCGGGUCAAUGAGGUCAUCGACGAGCUCGCCCUUUCGAAAUGCCGAAACACCACGAUAGGGAUACCCGGUAAAGUGAAGGGUCUUUCGGGCGGCGAAAUGAAGAGAUUAUCUUUCGCUUCCGAGGUACUGACCGAUCCGCCACUGAUGUUCUGCGACGAACCCACAUCCGGUUUGGAUUCCUUCAUGGCUCAUCAGGUUGUUUCCAUCUUGAAGACGUUGGCGGCAAGUGGUAAAACGAUCGUCGCCACUUUACAUCAACCUUCAUCGGAGCUAUUCAUUCUAUUUGACAAAAUUCUGCUGAUGGCCGAAGGAAGAGUCGCCUUCAUGGGUACAACCGCGCAAGCUUGUUCCUUUUUCAAGACACUCGGUGUAGCCUGUCCCAGCAAUUACAACCCUGCCGAUUACUUCGUGCAAUUAUUGGCCGUGGUACCGGGACGCGAGUUGGCCUGUAGACACGCGAUCAAAACGACGUGCGACAGCUUCCGGGGCAGCGAAUACGGCAGAAAGAUCGUCAUGGAGGCAGAAACAAUUCAUGGCGAAAUUGAGAGUUCUCUCAAGUAUUCUAAGGAUUCCAAUCGGUCGCCUUACAAGGCCAGCUGGUGCGAACAGUUUCGCGCCGUUCUGUGGCGAUCCUGGCUGUCGGUGAUCAAGGAACCGAUCCUCAUCAAAGUUCGCCUCCUACAGACUGUCAUGAUCUCGCUGUUGAUCGGCGUCACUUACUUUGGCCAGCGAAUCGAUCUGGACGGCGUGAUGAACAUCAACGGGGCUCUGUUCAUCUUCCUCAGCUGCAUGACUUUCCAGAACGUUUUCGCCGUCAUUAACGUAUUUUGCGCCGAAUUACCGAUAUUUCUCCGCGAGCACAAAAACGGCAUGUAUCGCACCGACGUCUACUUUAUCUGCAAGACUUUGGCGGAAGCGCCGAUAUUUCUAGCGGUACCGCUGAUAUUCACCAUCAUCGUUUAUCCCAUGAUUGGCCUCUAUCCCGACGUGAGGCAUUUCUUUGUCACCGCCGCCGUGUUGGUUCUCGUAGCCAACGUGUCCACCUCGUUCGGCUAUUUGAUAUCCUGUAUCAGCAACAGCGUGACUACGGCUCUCUCCGUUGGUCCUCCGGUGAUAAUACCCUUCCUGCUGUUUGGCGGCUUCUUUCUAAACACGGCGUCCGUGCCGUCAUAUUUUGUCUGGUUUUCGUAUCUGUCCUGGUUCCGUUACGGCAACGAGGCUCUUUUGGUCAACCAGUGGUCAGAGAUCGACUCUAUAGCCUGCGCCACAAGCAACGUCACGUGUCCGAAGUCAGGACGCAGCGUUCUCCAGAUUUACAAUUUCAAAGAGGAGGACUUCCCGAUGGACAUUCUCUGCUUGCUCGCGCUUAUCGCAGCGUUUCGUCUUCUGGCGUUUCUCGCUCUAUUGUCGAAAACUCGCCGUUCAAAGUCAUCAUCAUCAUCAUCAUCAUCAUCAUCAUCAUCAUCAUCAUCAUCAUCAAGGUGUAAGAUGCUCUCUUGGCAAAACUUGUCCGUUUAUGCGAUGGAUCGAAACCGACACACCAUAAGCAAACAGCUCAUCAAUAAUGUCCGAGGUGUCGUACGACCUGGCGAGUUAACUGCGAUCUUAGGAGGCAGUGGUGCUGGGAAGAGCUCCCUGAUGACAUCUUUGGCAUUUCGCACAGGGUCUGGCAUCGUCGUGCACGGAGAUAUUCGCGUAGAUGGUACAUCGGCUAUCUCGUCAUACAUGAGACGUCAUAGUGGCUUCAUGCACCAGGAAGACAUGUUCAUCGAGUCGAUGACGGUGCUCGAGCACAUCUGGUUCAUGGCUAGAAUGAAACUAGACGGAAGAAUCCACACGUCGGAUAUUCGACUGAAGAUCGAUCGUUUGCUGAGGAACGUGGGUCUAGCGGAGAGACGCGACGUCCGCAUCGGGAGUGGCGACGAAGGCAAGGUUCUCUCUGGUGGGGAAAAGAAAAGGCUGGCCUUUGCUACUGAACUGUUGACGGACCCCGAAGUAUUGUUCCUGGAUGAACCGACGACGGGACAGGACGCGCACUCGGCCAACGUCCUUGUCUCGCACAUGACGUCCUUCGCGUCCAGAAAUCGCACAAUCUUGUGUACGAUACAUCAACCGAGUUCCGUCAUCUUUGAUAGCUUUCAUCGUGUAAUCCUUCUAGCAGGCGGUAGAAUAGCAUUCGCUGGCACCGCUACGCAAGCAAUACAAUUUUUCUCCAGCCAAGGCUACGAGUGUCCACGCAAUUAUAACCCGGCCGAUUUCCUGAUAACGACUCUAGCGAUCGCAUCCGACGAUGCGGAUGGAAGCGGAAGAGUCGCGCAGAAGAUCUGCGAUGCGUUCCUCACGAGCGAAGCGUGCAACGAGAUCGACGUUAUACUGCAACAAGAGGUUGAUACCAAUCGAUCACGACGCGCUACCAGGGAAGAUAUUCGCAAAUUGCGCUCCUUCGAGGAACCGCGUUGCUGGCUUCGGCUUUACUGGCUAAUUCAUCGCGGAUUUCUGCAAGUUCUGCGGGAUCCUUCGAUACAAUUCCUUAGGAUGCUGCAAAAGAUCAGCGUUGCGACAGUCGCCGGCCUCUGCUUCGUCGGCGCCAUCGACCUCGAUCAGUUGGGCAUCCAAGCCGUGGAGGGUGUCAUAUAUCUUUUGGUGUGCGAGAACACGUUCUUUCCCAUGUACUCGACAUUGGCAUUGAUCCCGCAAGAGUUGCCACUUCUACUUCGCGAGUACAAGGCGGGCAUGUAUCCCGUUCACCUUUAUUACACAGCACGAAUGAUAUCGCUGAUACCAGGUCUGCUGGUGGAACCGGUGCUGUUUGCCGCGAUUAUAUACUGGCUCGCAGGACUAAGACCCACGAUGGACGCUUUCGGAUUGACCCUCCUGGUGGUGAUAUUCACGAUGAAUGUAUCCACCGCUUGCGGGUGCUUCUUCUCGGCUGUCUUUGAAAGCGUGCCCCUGGCGAUGGGCUAUCUAGUACCUUUCGACUACAUUCUUAUGAUAACUAUGGGUCCUUUCAUCAAACUUAGCUCAUUACCCGCAUACAUACGAUGGGUAAGAUACUUCUCUUGGAUGCUACAUUCAACGGAAACUCUCACCAUUAUUCAAUGGGAAGGCGUGUACAACAUUUCCUGCGAAACAGUAGAACUACCCUGUCUCACCGAAGGAACCGAGGUGCUGAAUCGCUACGAUUUCGAUGAGGGAAACUUUUGGCCCGACAUCAUCCUUAUGAUCAUCAUUUACGUCACCUUCCAUCUGUUGGCCUAUGUCUUUUUAUGGAAGCGAUGUAGAUCGAGAUAAGUGGAUCGCGAGUAAGAAUUAGAGAAAAGGUGAUUUAAAAAAUGAUGUAUCCUACUAUAUAAUUGACCUCUAGCUUCUCCUUAUAAUUACUCAAAGAUUUAGAAAUUAGUAUAUAUUAUUUUUAUCAUGAUUUUUUCGUGCGAUCUUCCGAUGUAAAAUUAGAGACAAAAAUUUUUACAUCGAGAUUAUUUGUAUUGCGUCGAAAAUUAAUUGCUGUAAUCAAAAGAGCUGUGCAAAGCUUGCGAAGAUAUGAUAUGAAUAUGAAGUCAUGUAAAUUUAGAAAAUGAAUGAAUUAUUAGCGUGAAUCGAGAAUUUGUAUUUACAUUCAUUUUCUGAAGUUUGUAUUUGCAGUAUCUUAUCUCAGAAGCGUAUCACACGUAAGAUAUGAAGUACAUAGAACAUUAAUAAAUAAAUUUUCCAUUUUAUAUGAUAA